CUGAGACGGUCAGUUCCAAUCCCAAAAUCAGCUCUAGCGGGAGAAGCCAUAGCAAGCAAAACAGGAAACUACCGCUCCACGAUGGCAAAGUUGUCCCUUCUGGUAUCCUCGGUGCUGCUGCUGCUAGCAGCCGCCGAUUCGUCCGGCAGCCGCCAGCGGCGCAACGCCCAGAUCGUCGGCGGGUUUCUGAUCGAGAUCCGCGACGCACCGUACCAGGUGGCGCUCCUGCACAACGGGCGCUUCGAUUGUGGCGGCUCGAUCAUAGCGGCCAACUGGAUUAUGACGGCGGCCCAUUGUACCCACGGCAUCCCAACCCGCGAGCUGUCGGUGCGGGCCGGGUCGGCCUUGAAGCACCGGGGUAGCGACAUCCACCGGAUCGAAUCGAUCAUCCCGCAUCCGGACUACGACCCAGAAACGACCGAUUACGACUUUGCGCUCAUCGAGCUGGCGACACCGAUCGAGCUGAACGGUGACACGAAGGAAGCGAUCGCCCUGCCGGAUGAGGACGACGAGGAUCCGGCGGAGGGAACCCGGGCCAUGGUGUCCGGGUGGGGCGCCACCCGGGACCAGCACGAGUCGAACCGCAUCCUGCGCGCCACGUUCGUCCCGAUCGUCGCCCAGGACGAUUGCGUGCGGGCGUACGACUCCAUCGGGCUCGGAUCGCGGAUCACCGAGAGCAUGAUUUGUGCCGGGUACCGGGCCGGUGGCCACGAUUCCUGCCAGGGCGAUUCCGGUGGUCCGCUCGCCGUCGACGAUGUGCUCGUCGGAGUCGUUUCGUGGGGCGGCGGAUGUGGCAGACCGGGCAUUCCCGGGGUGUACGCACGCAUUUCGGCCGUCCGCGAGUGGAUCCGUGAAGUGAGCCAACUCUAAAGUGGCCACGCUUUAGCGAUACAAUAAAGAUAACUUAUUUGCAGCCCGAA